ACAGUGCAGUUUCUACAGCGUCUUGGCAGCCAUCCGCCUCAGCUUGCAGCUUUUGGCACAAAAAUCCCAGUAGGCUCGAGGAGAAGCUACCGGCCUCUUUCCUUUCUGGCGGAGGGACACAUCGGCGCUGAGAUGCCGCGGCGCUCUGUGAGGACUGUAUCAGCAAGUGUAGAACUUCCUUAUGUUUGUGAGCAUGGAAAAUACAUGUUCUGAAAGAUUUUUUUCUGCAUCAUCAGAUGAAACCGAAUGCUACCUAUCCCCAAAGAGAAUUAAAAUAGAAAGUAAUCAAAAAAGCACAGAGAAAGAGGAGCAGCAAAAGCUAGAGCUAAGCACGCACUGCGUGAACAGAUACCAGACAUCACCACGUGAACAUAUAUAUUUAUUGGAAAGACAAAACAACUGGGCAUUACAAAAGCAAAGUUGUGACACAGCAAGAAAAACUUGUAUGAGAGAUUUUGUCCAUUUUCAAAUUUGUAAUAAUGAAAUGUUGCCAUGUAGCGUAUCAGAAAAUAAGCUGUCCAGUAAAAAAUGGCGUCCUGAGAAUGAAAACCAAAGUACUACAGAAGAUGUCAUUUCAUUGAAUGUGCAUGGACAGCUUCUCAAAGCAGAGUUGCUCAGUGAUGCCAACACUUGUAAAAAUCUACAGGUACUAAAUCCACCUCAAGUGCAGCGGAACACCAGUAUAGGACAGAACAAUAAAAGAAAUGGUGAAAAUGAACUCAAACAAAAUUCUUCAGUUACAUCCUUAAACAGAGACUCAUUUCAGAUGGAAUUGUUAAAUCAUAAGUCUGUCUCAGAUGAAAAGUGGAAACAAUACCAGCUUCUGCAAAUUCCAUUUUUAUGUGGUACCAGUUCCAUGUUUUCACACAUAAAACAUCAGAAAAAUAAUUUUCUGAAAAAAGUAUGUGCUAUAGAAGAUAAAAAUUAUUCCAGCAGCGAUAAUGAAACUACUGCAGAAAGAGAUAGUAAAGAAAAAAAUAGCUCAUCAUAUACCAUUCCAACAGUAAAGCCCUUUAAAAGUAUGCAGCCACUGGAAAUGCCCAAUUUUCAACUUCCUAGCAUUUUGAAUAAAAAAAAUAGUGAAAUGACAUCAACUCACUUGAAGGAGGCAGACUGGAAGAAUUGUCAAGGCCAACCAUCUUUGGUGCAGUCUAAACGGAUACACAGUGUGCAAAAAAUACCUGAGAGAGGGAAACAAGAACUGCAAAAUGAUAGAAGUGUAAAAGUUUCAACUGUUGGUUCUGAACUUAGAGAAAAUAAUUGCCCACCAAUUAGCAAACAAGGGCACAGUCCUUUGGCAGAAGGAGGAAAAGUCUCUGUAACUUACUUCAGUGGCAACGGCACUGACAUUGAAUGUAAUCAGAUAUUUGCUGAAAUUGAUUUCAAAGAUCAAAUGCUGGAGAAUUCAGAAGGUGAUGAUGACCAGAAGUCAAAGAUUCACCUUUACAUUAGUGCUAGAAAUGUUCAGAAUGAGAAAUGCGUCAGUGGUAAUGAUCUUUUGAAAAGAACGGGGAGGAAGAGCAGUAAUGAGAAUGAGGGAACAUUUCAUCAUAUACAGACAAGUAUUCCAGUAAUAACAGAAGUGUUAGAGAAAAGUAAGUUGGACAUAAACUGUGGUGGGCAUAAUUCCAACACUGAUGUUAGUUUGUAUGAAGCAGAAUCACGACUCUCUACGAAAGAAAUACUUGAUUUCAAAAGACACUUUACUAAAACCAUCAUAUUUGAAAGGAAUUGUCCUCACAUUAUUGCACAGAAUUUUCCGGUUACAAAAGUGAAUUGCAAUAUAUUUAGGGGAAAGGAAAUGUUCAAAUCGAAGCUUUUGUUUCAAAACAUGUUGUUUGGAUGGGUCAGGACAUGGCCUGAAUCUCCAUACAAAGAUAUGCCCAUGUGUCAGGAUUACAGUGUUAUACAUGAGUUUCGUUUUUAUAAAACAUUGAACGAGCAGUGGGAUGCUCAAGAGUUAGUAAAAAGCAAUAUAGAUAGGAACCACAAUAAUAAAAUACACAUUUGUUUGCUGGCUAUUAUUUCAAAACGUUUGAAGAUUGAGCUGCUAAAGGCAACUCUUGCUUCCUUUCUCAAUGGCAGAAAUACUUCAUUGGCAACUGAAGGAAAGUCUGUGCAAGUGAAGAAACACCCUUUAUGUGAGAGAAAGCAAGAUCAGUUAAACUCAUGCACAGAUAAUACAUUGAGGCAAACCACAGAAUUUUAUAAAAAAAAUGAAACUUACCCAGGCUUUGUAAGUUCCAAAUUUGUGGAAAGUGUUGGUUUUGCCUUUCACAAUGAAUGCCAGAGAAGACAUUUUUCUACAUCUUUAGGUGAACAAGAGUUCACCAUCCUAAAACAAGGAACACUCUUUCAUGACCAAAAAAGUGGAUUAUAUAAGAGAAGACAUGUCAGAAAGCACCACCUCUUACCCAGGGGGAGUGAAGGAUUUAGCACCUAUUUGAGGUCAGUCAGUCACAAAAAUGGUAUGAAAAAGCAAAUUUUAGUUGCUAAAUGCAUAAUCUUGUUGCAGGGUGCUUUUGAUUGUUCUUCACUCGACAAGAGGUAUUGCUGCAAUAUCACAAAAGUACAGUAUCUGAUAGGAGCAAAUCUUAGAUUUUGGAGUUGCUUUCCUGCCCACUCACAAGUGAAAUUUGAAAAGGUAAAUAGUAAAUGUGCAAAUCAGGAAAUAUCAGUAACUACAGUAAAGCAGGAGAAGAAACCAAGUGAAGUGUUUAAUAGUUCUUUUCAUGGGGAAAUAUUUAAAGCUUUCCCUUUUGCUCUAUGUGAAGCUAAGAAACAUGGAAAAACUGGGUAUAGAACUGGCAUAACAUCUGCAAGUGAAGUCACAGAUGAAGUCAUGUACAGUAUGAAAAAAUACUUAGGUACUUCUGGUUAUAUAAAUACUGAUAGAAAAGAAUGUGUUAAGUCAAAAGAGUUGCAAAUAAGUUCUCAUAAUUUUCUUUCAAAAAAAUCUUUCUCUAUAUUUGACAUGUAUGAAAAAAUUCCCCUUACUACUGAUUCUGAAGACUUUGACCAGAUCCUAGUUGUAAACCAUGACAAUUCUGCCAAAAAAGGAUUGUCUGAAGAAAAUGCAGUCACCAGUUCAGAAGAGGUUCAUAAUUUGCCCACUAAAUCAAAUGAUGUCUUAAUUCUACCUGAGCAGCCAAAAACAGCUAUGGAAAACUGUCAUUCUCUCUUGUUACAAGAUAACCAACCUGAAUAUUGCAGACAAAUAGAUACAUAUAGCACACAUUUAACAAAUAAAGAAGAAAAAGUGGAAAACCAAAAUACUUACUUAAAUUUUGAAAAUUUGUUUCCUAGUUCCUCAAAUGUUUAUCAGUCUGUCACUUUGCCAUUAGACAGCAGCUCUUUUGUCAAUAAAGACAGAGUAGUAAGUGAAGAUGGACUCUGUGGGAGUUCCUCAAGUUCAGACAAACAAAAACAAAGUGAAAAAAAUCCUGCUGCUAUUCAAUAUCCAACCACAGGAAGUCCUGCCAUGGCAGAUACACACUUGCCAUUACAGGCUAAAGAAAUGAUGCAGUUUUCUUUGCAAGGGCAUACACAGACAAAGGAAACAGCCAGUUCGGAGCUAGCAACUUUGGAACAACAUCUUGAAUAUGUAAAAGAACAGGAGAAGAUAAACGAUGAACAAAUGCAUGUAACUAAUGAAAGUCAAUGUGAGACUGUAAUGAAUAACUUGAUUAUUUCAUAUUCAGCAGAUGAAGCUAAAACAUUCAUUGCUGCAGAAGAGAAAUUAAAAAUGCAUUUAUCUGUAAUGAACAAUGGAUGUCUUGAAGAUGUAAAAGAUCAGUAUUUACGUUUAGAAAAUAAAAUCACAUAUGAAUUUGAACUGAAGAGAAAAUUUGAUUUAGUGCUAGAAGAGCUACAUAUGUUUCAUGAAAUUAGCAAGGGAAAUGAAAACAAUUUAUGUAGUUUGGAAACAAACUCACGCAACAAUUAUUGUGAAUUAAAUAGUUCUGAGGGGAUAGAUGAAAAAGUGACAAGUGUUUCUCAAAAGAAAAGGUGUAUUUCUCCUACAAUCUGUAGUGCUAUAGAAAGGCAAAAUGUAACUGACACUAAUGAAAGUUCAUUAAAUAAAAAGAUAUCAAAUGAAAAUGAAGACCAAAAAAUAUCUGAGGAAUGUUGUAUUUCAAUGCUGUCAAGUGAAGAAUUGCUGCAUUCACCUGCUGCAGAAGGCUAUUUUGAUACAGCGUAUAAAAAGCCAUACACAUGGGACCCCGCUUUUUUAUCCUGCACGCUUCUUAAGGAACAAAACUGUAAUUUACAGAAAGAGGGAGUUUUGUUCAGAUGGCGUCAAAGCUUGCAAGAUGGAACAUUGUAGCUCCUGCAGAAGAUCAGAAGACGACUGAAUCUGGAUCGUCUUUCCUUUCUUCUUUUCCUGUUUUCAGCCAUAGCACCAAGGGCAAAGAAAACCAGACAUUUUCUCCAUAGCAGUAACUAUUCCCUUCACAUUGCUUGCUAGUAUUUUUUAAAUUCCCAUCUGAGCUUCUCCAGAAACCAUUGGAAGGCAGGCUUAGAAAUGACUGACUUCUUUGUAUCCCAUGAUUGCUGAGAAAUCAUGCAGGAUUCUAAGACAAUGGCAUAUUUCUAAGGCAUUCUAUACCUUAUUUCCAACGCUUUGUCAAAAUCAACAGGUAUCUAAUAUACUUCCAGUAGAAGAAGCUGAAAAAAUAUAACAUUCCUCUCAUCGGCAUUCUCAGCUGAUGACAAAUAGGGAACUGUUGAGUAUCUUCUUUCCUAGAAGGAGGUACAUUGCUUCUGUGCUGUAAUCUAUGAUUGGCAGAGAUGGUUGCCACUGAGCGUUGCCUAAGAGAUUAUUCUGAAGCAAGGACUAUAGCUGGUUUUGUCAGAUGGAGUAUUAUAUUUACUGUUCUGAUAGGAGUUAAUGUCUGAAGUUUUGCUGAUGUGUGCCUGUCUCCCUCUAUUUUUCAGUAGGAUUCUGAGCCAUCACAUGUGCUCUUAUAUGAUUAGGGUUGGUUAUGUAUCUUGGAUAUGAACACUGCUUCUGCUAUGGAAUCCAAGCCUGCUAAUUUAGCCAAUUUAGUUGCCAAAACUCCAUGGCUUAAUCCAUCAUAUUAUUCCCAUUAGAAGAUUAGGAGGUAGAGAUUUUCUACUUGAUGGUACCAAUGAGUUCUUUGUUUUACAUCCCACUGUUUGGUCACAUGAAGUGACUGUUGCCUCAGAAACUGACUGAAAAGAGGAGAUACCUAGGUGGGACAAGAGGAUUUAUACUUCAGCAGUUUUACGGUUCAGCAUGACUGACUUGUGCUUUACUGGCUACAUAUAAACCCAUAACACUUGACUGACUUUUAGUGCAUGCAGUUCCUCUUCCAACUGACACUUAUGAAUCUUACAAAAGACAUAUCAGCACUACUAUCUCAUCAUUGAUUUAAGAAUGGAGUUUUGGGGUUGUUUUUUAUCCCAUCAUUUAAAAUUCUUGUGAAAGGCUUAGGUAAUUUUUUUUUUCCCUUUAGUAGGAUUCCAGCUGAGUGCUUACGGCUCUGAUGGGCUCACUAUUUGAUAUCCUAGCUUAUUGCUCAGUGCUUCAUCAUUUCGUAGAAUAAUGGAAAAUAGAACUGGAAAAGAUCUUGAGAAAUUUGACACCUUCUUGUGUGAUUGAUUAUUGCUUCUUCUGGACAACAUAUUGUCCUAAUCCCUAGUUUACAAGGUCAUGGUCUUCUAUUCUUCCCCACUGAGUAUAUUAUUUUAUGCAAAACAGAACAGCUUCUAAAGGGUGACUGAAUCAUGCUGCAGGUUACUAGAUGGUGUAUACCUUACCUAAUCGACUGCGGAACACAAAAUCCACAUCCUCCUGCCCCACUUUCUGUAAAAUGAGUGGCUCAGGACAAGACAUCAUGAUUAUUAUCACCAGUAGACUGAUGCUCGGGCCUGUAAUUUGGAUUUGUACAUCUAAAUCCCUCAGACUAGUGGUAAGUGUUGCCACUGUCCCCUCUGUCCCAGAAUAGUAAUGUGCAGCAUACUGUACGGUUUUGCCAGUCUGUUAGGAAAGUUACGUAAUGUUAGGUCAGGGAUCUUUCUAAUCAAAAGGAAUCUAAUGUUAGCAUUUCGAUUUCAACCCAAAAGAGUAGUCAGACUCUCCACAGCUGAAUCAAAUGGAGAUGGGAUAGAAUGUAGUAAAGGACUGAAAAGCCGCAAUUAAUGUUCAUCUAAUUUAUGUAAUUCUGUUGUAUAUAAUAUGGAAUUCUGGGUUUACCUUCACUUUUUAUUUCUCUUUUUUAAUAUAGGAUACUUUCUGUCACGUGAAGUUAUAAGAGUACAGCCUCUUAAAACAUGCAAGGGCCCCAUACGGAUUGGGCUGUCAAGAAAAG